AUGGCGACGCUGGGCUCGCCUUCACCCCCAAGAUCGCCCAAUCGGCGGCGGAGCUGGGCGCGGAAAUGCGAGCGCUACUGCUGCAACGUCGUGACAUAUCUCCCGCUUGGUUUCGUGUACGGGCUCACGACAUGGGCGGUAUGGGUUGAGGCGGGGAUGGGGAUAGAGGGGUCGAGGGGGUGGACAGGCUAUUUCUCCUCCGCACUCGGCAUACUCUUCUACAUCCUCCUGAACUGGUCAUAUACCGUCGCCGUCUUCACGGACCCGGGCUCGCCCCUCACCUCCAAGCAGGGCUACAGCCACCUCCCCACCGACGAGCCCCGCGCCUACACCUCUUUCACCGUCAAGUCCUCGGGUGACAUCCGCUUCUGCAAGAAAUGCCAGACCAAGAAGCCGGACCGCGCGCACCACUGCUCGUCAUGCAAGCGCUGCGUCCUCAAGAUGGACCACCACUGCCCAUGGCUGGCGACCUGCGUCGGGCUGCGCAACUACAAGCCCUUUCUGCUCUUCCUCAUCUACGUCUCCCUCUUCUGCUGGGUCUGCUUCGCCGCGUCCGCAUCGUGGGUGUGGACAGAAAUGGUCUCAGAUGCGAACUUUGCCGACACCCUCAUGCCGGUCAACUACAUCCUGCUGGCCGUGAUCUCCGGCAUAAUCGGACUCGUCAUCACAGGCUUCACAGCCUGGCACAUAAUGCUCGCCUGCAAAGGACGUACCACAAUCGAAAGCCUUGAGAAAACCCGCUACAUCUCCCCCCUGCGAAAAGCAAUGCAACAAUCCUUCGCCGCCUCCGACGCCGGCCGCGGCUACCCCGACCACGACCAGCGUCGCGGCAGCUUCACCGACGGCCUGCACAACCUCGGCGAGCAGCUGCGCGAGAUCCACGCCAACGCCCUCCCCGGCGUGACCCGCCCCGAAGAGGGCGAAGACUCCCGCCCAGACUCCCGCGCGCACUCCCGCUCCCCCUACCCGACCUCCUCCGAUGCCUCCACCUCCUCGCCAGCCCACCACUCCCUCCGCACGUCCUACGCGCAGCUCGAACGCCGGCGCGAGCGCGACCGCUAUGCAGAGUACCUGGAAGAACAGGACAGCGACGCGCUGCCCAACGCGUUUGAUCUGGGUUGGAAGCGCAAUUUGCUGCAUGUGCUGGGACCCGUGCCGGCGCUGUGGUUCCUGCCGAUAUGUAAUACCACGGGAGAUGGGUGGCAGUGGGAGGCGAGUCGUGAGUGGGUUGCUGCGAGGGAGGGGAUACGGCGACGAAGGGAGGCGGAGAUGAGGAGGCAGGAGGAGAGGGAGAGGGCGGCGGGGUGGGGUGAGAACAUUACUUCCACUGGUGGUGGCGGAGGUUACGGGUAUGGGUACCCUCCGCCCCGGCAGCCCCCAGCCUGGCGCCAGGAAGGCCUCAACUGGGACGACAGGGAGGACGGAGGCGGCGAGAGGCGGUUUCUGACGACUACGAACGGCGUCACGGCUGUGCCGACCUCCGGGAGACGGAGUCCGGGGAAGGCGGACUCGAUUUUGGGGAGGAGUCCUGGGCAGUUUGUGGAUGGGUCUCCAGGGUCGCCGCAGGCGGGGGGGCCGCUAAUGCAGGCGCUGGAUCGAAGGAAGCAGACCCAGGAGGAUGAGGACGGGUAUGAUAGCAGUAGUGGUGAGGAGGGGACAGAUGCGAAAACGCUGCUUAGAGGUGGGAAUGGGCGGGGAGGGACGGAGAAUUGGAACGAUGUUCCUGAGGACUUUUUGCCGGCAGGGGCGAGAAGAGGGUGA